ACGCCUCCACAUUUAUAGUUCAAUUCAAACUGUAACCAACUCUAGCCCAUCCAUCAUCCAUGGCGUUCUCCAAGCCUCUCUUCGCCGUCCUCCUCCUCGCCGCCGCACUCCUCAUGGUCGUGGACGCACAGCAGGCUACCGAUGAUUCCUCCUCGGUGAUGGGUGGCGGCCAGCGGUCUCUGCUUGGGGAGACAAAGAUAGACUGCACAUCGGCGUGUGAGGCACGGUGCGGGCGGAACUGGAAGAACAAGAUGUGUAACAAGAUGUGCAACAUCUGCUGCGGCAAGUGCAACUGCGUCCCCUCCGGCACCGGCCAGGACACCCGUGGACAGUGCCCCUGCUACGCCAACAUGGUCAAUUCCAAGAACGGCAAGCCCAAGUGCCCAUGAACCAUCACUGAAGUCGCCCUCAAUAGCAGGCUAGGCUAGGCUAUUUCCAUCCAUCAAUAAUUCUGCUGCUGCUGUUCAUCCAUCUUAGCACAUAUGCAUCUGAUGGAUGUCAAUUGUUUUUGUUAUGGAUCACACAUAAUCAUGUAUCUAUGCAUGCUUAUAGUACAAUUUUUUUAUGAUCUCA